CUUGUUACGGCGUCUCUCUCGGUUGGACAAAAAGCUCGCGAAUAAGGCGAGAGAUCUAGGCCGAUAUCAACGACGCCCAACAACGGCAGUUUUGAUUUGCAAUCGAAAGUGAACACAUCGGCUCAUCAUGGUCGUUUGGACUCGUCUGGCGUUGAUUUUGAUCUUGUGCGUGAUCCAAGAUGGAGUGAUGUCACGAAACACGACCAAGACCAACUUUCGUCAGAAAAGACUUUUUAGCAUUUUCAACAUCGUCACCUUUAAGAAUGACCCGUGCACCACAACAGGAGCCGGGAACUUGGGUGGAACGUGCUUGGAUUCGACCUCUUGUAGUUCCAGAGGCGGGACCGCGUCCGGGAAUUGUGCUGCAGGCUUCGGAGUGUGUUGCCUUUUUGUUGUAAAUGGAGCUUGCUCCGGCGACCAGACCAUUACUCAGAACUGUACCUACAUUCGGAACGAUGGAUACCCUGCUGCUGAUACGACCGCGGAUGAGACGUGCAACUAUAAAUUCAAUCGGAUAUGUGAAAACCUUUGCCAAAUUCGGUUAGAUUUUGAGACUUUGAAGACUGAAGUCGACGCCACAGGAGCUUGUGGCACGGCGGCCGAUGCUGUUGCAGUGACGAGUCCGUUCUCAAGCACUGCCAAUGGAUUUCCCCCAACCGUUUGCGGAACUUUAACCGGACAACACAUGUAUUUUGAGACGGGCAAUACGGGCGAUACGGCUGGUAUGCUGGCCAUUGCCAAAGGCACCGGAGCGGGUAGUCGAACCUAUGAAAUCAAAGUCACAUAUUUCACGUGCGACAACGCAGCCAAAGCUCCCGAAGGAUGCACUCAAUAUUUUACGGGAGAAAGUGGAUCCUUUCAAUCGUACAACUUUGCCGGAGGCCAACUUCUGACCAAGCAGAAUUAUAACAAUUGCUUCAGACAGGUAGAAGGAUAUUGUCGACUUCAAAUCAGAGAGUCCUCUGUCACCACUCCGGAUCCAUUUGCUUUAUCGGCUCCACCGACAAUGGCAGAGACUACUUGCCAGGAACUGAGCACGUUAUCGUUUCCAUCUGGCAUCCAUUCCGGGUAUUGCGGUGGAGCCCUAAAUACCGUUGACGGCAGCACCGACCCAGUGGCACAAACCUCCGUGCCCGGAUCCCCGUUUCAAGUUGGUUUGCGUACCCUGGAGACAACACUCGCUGAUUUGACAGGCUUCAGUCUAGACUACAAACAAAUUCCUUGUGAUUGAUCGAGAUCGACUAGAAUUGAAUCUAAUAUUCUUCUUGGGCUUGAGAUUCGAGAAGAAAACAUCGUUGUUCUGUACGUUAUUAACGGCAAUAUUGAAAUACACAUGGUCCACCAAAAUUUGAUUCUUCAUAUCAAGUCAUCCACAAGCAAAAGUGUACACUGAUGUUGUAUUGGGAAAAUGAUAAAAAAAAAACAUCUUGGAACUAGACCUUUGACGAGACUGGCCAAAGCCAUGCAUUGUGGUCGAACAUGGGGUAAGAAGUUCGAAAUAGGACUAGCUAAAAAAUCUCUUUCAGUCAACUAUUGUGGCAGCAUUUUAAAGAUUCUUAUUAAAAAAAAAGAUCUAAGGCC